AUGGCUGAUAAGAUUCCUGUGACCGUGCGUACGCGCAAAUUUCUUCGUAACAGCUUAUUAGCUCGUCGUCAAAUGGUUGUAGAAGUAAUUCAUCCAGGUCGUCCUAAUGUACCAAAAGCUGAGCUUCAAGAGAAACUUGCUAAGAUGUACAAGGUGAAGGAUCCAAACACGGUGUUUCUGUACGGUUUCCGUACGCAGUUUGGUGGUGGCAAGAGUUCAGGCUUUGGUCUAGUGUAUGAUACGGUGAAUGAUGCCAAGCGCUUUGAGCCUAAGUACCGUUUGAUCCGUCAGGGUCUUGUGGAGAAGGUUGAGACGUCGCGCAAGCAGAUUAAGGAGGCUAAGAACCGUGCCAAGAAAGUCCGUGGUGUUGGCCGUCGUAUCGCUCGCCACAAGGCUGCCAAGGCCAACAAGUAG